UAGACAAAUUCCGUUACCCUUCACCAAAUUCUCUCUCUCUUUUCUUCAGCGACGAUGAACAGCGGCGGGGACCAAUCUAGUGGUAGUGCCGAUAUCAGUGGAAUUACCUAUGGAAUCCUAUUCGCUAUUGGUCUCUUUCUUCUAAUCCUCCUCAUCAUUUUUGCCUGCACCAGGUUGCGCCUCCCCUACAAUCGGCCAUCUCGCCGGAACGGUGACCGGCGUUCCAUAACAAUCGAACAAGGUGUGGAUGAAGCAACUCUCAGCAGCUAUCCAAAGCUCCUCUACUCUCAAGUAAAGAAGGGUGCCUCGACAGCUUCUUGCUGCUCCAUCUGCCUGGUGGAUUACAAAGAAACUGACAUGAUCCGCUUGUUACCUGAUUGUUCUCAUCUCUUCCAUCUGAAUUGCGUCGACCCGUGGAUGAGGCUACAUCCGACAUGUCCAAUAUGUCGGAACAAACCAGUCGCAGGUCAACAUACGACUCUUAUGGCAGAGGUGGACCCCUUGGCAACCAGACAAGAUAAUUAGAAGAUGAAAAAAUGUUUUGUACAGUAAUAUUCAUGGGAGCCUGCUGAUGAGAUUAAUUGUAUGAAAUAUUGUGGAUUAUAUGUAUUUUGCUGCCUUUUGUGUGAA